AUGACGUCCAGGACUAUUGAUUACAGUGUGUGGGACCACAUCGAAGUAUCGGAUGACGAGGAUGAGACUCACCCCAAUAUCGACACGCCGAGCCUCUUCCGAUGGAGGCAUCAGGCGCGUGUGGAAAAACAGGUGGCCUUCGAGGAGAAAGGAGAGGAGCUGGAGAGGAACAUGGCGGAGUGUAAGAGACGUCUGGAAGAGGUGCAGUACAGAGUGAAGGAGUUAGAGGAGGAAGGAAAGAAGGAGGGAGAGGAGGAGAGGAAGACGGCGCUAAGCAAGGCCCAGGCCGAGGAGAAGAAAUACAGAAAGGAUCAACGCUUGUGGGAGAAGAAGAUGGAGGAACAUCGGAGAGAGGAGAAAAAGAUGCCUUGGAACGUUGACACGCUCAGCAAAGAGGGAUUCAGCAAGAGUAUGUUGAACAUCAAACCGGACGUGACAGAAGAGACGGAGGAACAGAAGGAGGAGAAACACCAGACUUUUGUAGAUAAACACAAGAAAGAGAUCAAACACUUUGGUAUGCUUCGGCGUUGGGAGGACAGUCAGAAGUACCUGUCUGACCACCCUUACCUGGUGUGUGAAGAGACGGCUAACUUCCUGGUUAUCAUGUGUAUCGACCUGGAGGUGGAGGAGAAACAUGGUUUGAUGGAUCAGGUAGCCCAUCAGACCAUAGUGAUGCAGUUCAUCUUAGAGUUGGCUAAGAGCCUGAAGAUCGACCCUCGAGGAUGUUUCAGAGAGUUCUUCCAAAAGAUCAAGACUGCAGACCAGCCCUAUCAGGAGGCCUUUACUGAUGAGCUGGAGUCCUUUAAAGAGAGAGUUCGAGGCAGAGCUAAGAUCAGGAUACAAAAGGCUAUGGAGGAGGAGGAGGAGGAGGAGAGACAGAACAGACUGGGGCCAGGUGGACUGGACCCUGUGGAAGUCUACGAUACUCUGCCAGAGGAAAUGAAGAAGUGUUUUGAUGAUAAAGACAUCUCAAUGCUGCAGGAAGCUAUCAGCAAGAUGGACCCCAUGGAGGCAAAGGGCCACAUGAAGAGGUGUAUUGACUCAGGACUCUGGGUUCCCAACGCCAAUACCGACAACGAAGAGGACAAAGAAGAAGAUGAGGAAGAGGACAAAGAAGAUGAGGAAGAACCAGAGAAGGAGGGAGAGGCGGAAGAGGAGAAAUGACUCAUGAAUUGAACCCUUCCUUUAGACUUUUGACCUUUUCAGACCUAGCUACACCCUUUACUAGCGUUAGCUUGUCUUAUUGAAAACAUGCUGUGAAGAUGCUAACUUCCCUAGCGUUAAUUGGGCUAGUAUCGCUAGCAUUAGCCUGACCCAUUGAAAACCUGCACCGGGCCAGUAUUUACAAAGAGUCAGCUCUAGGAUCAGAUUCCCCUCUCUAAUCCUGACGUUGACCAUUUGUGGAAAAUGCUAAACUUCACCCUGCUCCAGUUUCUACCCAUAGUCCCUUUUCUCCAUGACCCCAUCUUUAUAUUACUCCCCCACCCCACCUCACUUCUACCCAUAGUCCCUUUCUCCAUGACCCCAUCUUUAUAUUACUCCCCCCCCCCCCCCCCACUUCACUUCUACCCAUAAUUCCAUCUUUAUAUUAACCCCUCGCACCUCACUUCUUACCCCUGUCGUCUCUUCUCCCCAUAAUCCCAAUUUUAUAUUAACCUCCCCCACCUCACUUCUUACCCCUGUCGUCUCUUCUACCCAUAGUCCCAUCUUUAUAUUACCCCCCCCCCACCUCACUUCUUACCCCUGUCGUCUCUUCUACCCAUAGUCCCAUCUUUAUAUUACCCCCCCCCACCUCACUUCUUACCCCUGUCGUCUCUUCUACCCAUAAUCCCAUCUUUAUAUUACCCCCACCUCACUUCUUACCCCUGUCGUCUCUUCUACCCAUAAUCCCAUCUUUAUAUUACCCCCCCCCCACCUCACUUCUUACCCCUGUCGUCUCUUCUACCCAUAAUCCCAUCUUUAUAUUACCCCCACCUCACUUCUUACCCCUGUCGUCUCUUCUACCCAUAAUCCCAUCUUUAUAUUAACCCCCCCCACCUCACUUCUUACCCCUGUCGUCUCUUCUACCCAUAAUCCCAUCUUUAUAUUACCCC